UCAGCACUGUAAUUAUGCAGAAGAAUUUUGUCAGAAAUGAUUGGGACAAUGGGGCUUUUGUACCUGUUGGUGUUGUUUUCGUUGGUUUCAGGUAAUGAUGGGACGUUGAAUGUGACCGCUCUCUACCGGCAAGUCAACUGCACUGAUCCACAGUCUAUGCUCGUAGCUUCACAGAAGUGUCUUGAUGCGUACAAUAUCCCCCUCAAAGUGGCUUCCAUUCAGGAACUUGUCAACUCGUCAGAUGCUUCGUAUAUAUCGAAUGUAAUAACCCCGGCAUAUUUAGCUGAUAUGUGUAGGAAUCCUGACACUUACCAGAAAGCGCGAGUGCGUGUGAACAACAUACUCUCUAAAUGUAUUAACCAGACCCAGAUGCUACCUUCAGAGCUGAAUAAGAAGUGGCAAGACAAUCUCUGCGCCAACUUGGGCAAAUUCAACAUAACCUGCAUGUUUGAAAUGACGUCCAAACUAGCGGAUUGCAGCUCUACCUUCAGCUACUUAACAACCAGCGAUUAUAUUAACCUCAACAUUACAGAUAUUGACCACAAGACAACUUGUAUGUCAGAAAAGCUGUCAUCAGUCUGUAUUCCUUUCUGACGGUUUGAUCGGUGGAACAGUCAAUACUGGUGGCGGCUGAAGGAGGUAAUGUGGGUGAUCCACAAUCACAAUCAUCAACAAC